AUGUCUGACGAGGAACACCAUUUCGAGUCCAAAGCUGAUGCUGGAGCAUCCAAGACAUAUCCACAACAAGCUGGAACCAUUCGCAAAAAUGGUCACAUUGUUAUCAAAAACAGACCCUGCAAGGUAGUUGAGGUUUCAACUUCAAAAACUGGGAAACAUGGACAUGCUAAGUGUCACUUUGUUGCUAUUGAUAUCUUCACUGGGAAAAAGCUUGAAGAUAUUGUUCCUUCUUCUCAUAACUGUGAUGUUCCUCAUGUCAAUCGUACUGAUUACCAGCUUAUUGAUAUCUCUGAGGAUGGAUUUGUGAGUCUGCUGACUGAGAGCGGUGGUACAAAGGAUGACCUUAAGCUUCCGUCCGAUGAUAGUCUGCUUUCGCAGAUCAAGGAUGGAUUUAACGAAGGUAAAGAUCUGAUUGUGUCUGUCAUGUCUGCCAUGGGCGAGGAGCAGAUUUGUGGCCUUAAGGACGUCGGCCCGAAGUAA